AUGGAGGAGGAGGCUUUCAACGCUUCUUUUUUUGAGAACAACAACAAUAAGAAGGAUGAAGACGAGGCAUUUGAGGAUGAUCAGCUGACCUCGGACGACGAUUAUUCCGGAGACGACGACCAAGAGAAAGACCAAGAGAGAUUUCGAAGCAUUUUGAAAAACGAAGGCAACCGACAACAACGAGUGCGAAGAGACGCGCGGAAAUGGCAAAAGAUGAACGCGAUGCGAGGGAGAGGCGAUUUAGGGAAAGCGACGAGGAAGAACAACACCAUCGUCGCGUGUCCUCCAGUUUUACCACCGCACGUAGACGCCACGCAACAAGUGCGAGGGGUGAACUGUGGAAACAUCGGCCCGGAGUUGGAGAAAUUAAGAUUUGAACAAGGCGAAAAUCGAGAGUAUUACACGAAAGAACACUUCGACCGUUUAUACGGCAGAGCGCGCGCGUGGAAUCGCGACCAGCGAGCGAACAAAGUGUGGUGUAAAGACAUUCACCCGGCUGGAGUGACGUGCAACGAGUGCACUUCGUGCCAUUUUUGUCGACAGAAAUCGAGCGACGCGAAGACGACGUGUCAGUGUGCGACGUGGGCGAAAGCGCCGGAAGGCGGGAGAGGAAGAGGGUCGUGGUGUGGAUGGUGUUUGGAAAUGCGCAUGGGUGAGAACAUCGAAGAAGCGAUCGCGGACGACGAGUGGAGAUGUCCAGUGUGCAGAGAUAUUUGUAACUGUUCCGGGGCGAAUUGUUUGAGACAUAAGCGGCAUUUGUUUCCGACUCAACAGUUGACGAGAGAGGCGGAGCAAUACGGAUGGCAAUCAGUGGCGCAUUAUUUGAUCACCACGGCGUUGGUAACUGGGAAAGAUGCACCACCGAUGUUAGAUUUGCCGGCGGCGUAUGUGAAAAGAAGACAACCGAAAGGGACGAUGAAUUGUGGUAACACAAAGUUUACGACGACUGGGAAGAAUUCGACGCGCGGCGGCGAACGAGCGAGCGGUAAAAACAAGGAAGAGAUGGAACGCGAACGCGAAGCGGCAACGCUUCGACGAGAGAUUGAGAUGAAAGUCCGAAUGGCGUUUGGUGCCGUGAAUGAGGAAGUGGAUGACGAUGAAGAUGGAGGUAUGUUGAAUGGUGGUGACGAUGAGGAGGCUGGCGACGGACAAGGGAAAGCGUCGCGUAAGCGCGCGAGCACCAAGAGGACUUCGAAUACUGCCAAUGCGCCUGUAAUACGAGAGGAAGAAGGUGGGGAACGUGAUGUCGAUAUGGACGAAGAGGACGCGAUACGUGUCGGAGAUGGUGCAACUUUUGGCGAACAGCAGCAGCAGCAAGAAGAACAAAACGCCAAACCGAAAAAGUUGGCAACCAUUACCACCAUGUUCAAACGGUUCGCCGACAGGAACAGCGGCGCGUUCUUAUUCGCCGCGUCCUCGGACGACGAAUCCGAGCUCGAUUCCUCCGACGGUGAAUUUGACGACGAAAUGUUAGCGCAGCAACAAAGAGAACGACGAGAAAAGCACGAGCUGGAUUUGAAAAACAGAGUGGGAAGAGAAGAAGAGGGAAGAGGAGGAGCAAGAGAGGGUGCCCACAUUCGUGGAACAGACGAGGACGACGACGAUGUUAUUAUUAUGAACGACGGUGAAGCCGGAGAACGCGUGAAAAAAACCGUUACGAGUACCUCGGUUCCGAAUCACGUAGAUACCAACAGUAUUGGCGGAGAACUCAGGCCACCGCGUCAGACGCAAGACGUACACUUGAACGACGAGACGAGCGAAGAGAUGGAGUUCUUUCGCCGAAGGCGCGAGCGAAGAAAACGUCGUCGAGCGAUUCAAUCGGUCGCUCGCGCGAGGCACAUCAAUGGUGCUACCGGUGGUGGUGCAUUGUUGAGAAGUGUAGUUCCGGGUGGAGUCAAUAUAAAUCGACCUGGGCAAACACAUCCGGCAUCUGUGGAUGAAUCUGCCGCGACUGUUUUGCAGCCUCCCGCGAUGCCGCAACAACCUCCGGCGAGCACGACGACAACGACCACUACAACUAUUUUUCCAAGCAGCACAGAAGAUAUUCCGACUGAAGAAGUGUUGUCAGCCGAAGCUGCGGCAUUUGAAAUGCACCGCCAAGACGAAACACAGGCCGAGAGAGCGGACGCGCAAGAAAUGGAAGAGGAACGUCGCGUUUUGACCGCCGCCGCCGCCUCAACUUCCGGCGAAGUCGUACAGAUUUUACGCGAGUUUAUCGAGUUAACCUCGCCUUCAAACGAAACGUUUCAAAAACGGAACAUCGAAGACGCGUCGUUUGAGUUGUUCAACGAGAAGAUUUUCGAUUCCUUAGAGCGCGCGGAAGCUUUAUUAUUCGCGAGCGAGGAGUCCGAAUUGCGCGCGUUUUACGCUUUGUGUCUUCGCGCGAAUAAAUACGCGCCGUAUUUAAAGCACAAGAAACUGUCCUCGUUACGCGUUCGUAAGAAAAUUACCGAUUUGAUCAACGAUGAUGUGAAAUUUCGAGUGUUUGACGUGUCACAACGCGCGACGUGCUUACGCGCGUCUUUGAGAUUGAUCGAGCGUUACUGGUCGGGCAAAGAUUUAGACGUUUUCAAAGUGAACGAGGAGGAGGAAAACGGUGGUACAUUCGACGACGGGGAAGUUAUCACCGACGGCGAUGGGAAUGCCGUCCGAUGCGAAAAGACAACGAGAGAAUUCAUGAGAGAGCGCGCGAAUUACGCUUUGGAGAGUUGCUUGCGUCUCGUUUCUUUGUGUAGCAACGAGUUCGCGUUGGCGAAAGAGCGCGAAAACUGGAUAGCGAGCCGUAAACUGCUCAAUCCGUCGUUAAUGGAAGAUAGCGAUUUGAUUGCGCCAGCAGUAAGCGAAGGGUGUCAAAAGCGCAUAGACGAUGCAAAUUUGCGAAUCAUGAAGGAAUAUGAAGUGGAAAGGGCGCGUCGAAACGAAUCUGUCAUUGUCGGUUUGUCGGAUUCGUCGCAGGAAAACGACGACGAUCCAGCCGUUGCCACGCAACCGCCGCCGCCCGUUGCGGACGAAACCAUUCACUUACAAAAGCGCGCGACAGACAUCGCCGUGGCGACGGCGACAAUACUCAUCGAAACGACUGAGUCUACGCACAUUCUUCUUCUAGCCGCGCUAUCCGUGUUACGCGUCGUCGCCAAAGGGUUAGCGUUUACGCCCUCGCACGGCGCGUUCUUGCGCUCCAAGAUGCUUUCAAAUACCAUCGGUAUGUUUGUCUCGCCAAAGCUUCCUUUUCGACCGAAAAUUCGCAAGUGUGCUUUAGGAUUGAUCUCUGUGUGUGUCUCGCGAGGCGAGCGCGAUUGGCUUGAAAGUCGUUCAGAGGAGAACAAAGUCGUCGCCGAUGCGUCGGCGAGAUUUUGCUGGCCUCAUAUUGCUGAUUUGUUGCGAGAGAACGAAGACGAUUACGAAAAUAUUGAAACCAUGCACGACAAGAGCGGUGGCUAUUCGUCCGCGGUAAAUCGCGCGGCUACGGAAACGGCGGCCAGAACGCUCAAUUUACUCGUCAAAUCCGGCGUGUGGCCGUGGGGUAAAGCCGAGCUCGCGAUUUCGCACCCGUUCGCGCCGAAAGAUUUCUGGAAACUAGCCAAUCCAAGAAAACGCGCGAAAGCGUUUCGUUUAUACGCGAGACUGGUCGAUUCAACUCCGGUUUUACGCGGAGGUAUCGGUGCACCGUUGUUGAAGUUGUGGGCGUUGUGUGCCAUGGACGUUGCCGCUUCCGAGAAGGGUGAACGACGUCAGCAAAACGCGCUCCUGCGGGCCAACGGAUUACACCGAGCGCGAGCGAGAUUGGCGCGAGCGUGCGCGAGACACCCGCGAUUGUUUGAUGCCUUUUCGUCGUCGACGAUGCUGAAGAGCGAAGCCAUGGACGCUCGAAAUACUGCGGGUGUUCUUAAGCGAAGUUCGUGGGUUAUUGAAUCCUUAGUUCGAUGUUGCGAAGUUGGCGGCAAUCCGGUCGCCACGGUGGCUGCCAUCAACGCUUUACAAGAAGUAUUCGACAAACGCGUGCAAGAAUGUUCGGGACGUGCAAGUGCGAAUAAAUCUAGAUCGUUUCGAAUUGGCUUUAAAGCUGUCAUGGCUGCCGCUUACUCGAGAAACACCGACUUGAAACUCUUCGGCGUGGAGCCGCGCGUCCAAGCGUUGCGAAUGGCGCUCGAUACGUUCACGUCCAUCUUAUUCGAGGAAUCAGAUGCGUUACAAGUUGAUACCAUUCUCGAAGGCUUAAUCAACAGUGCGAAAUCCCUAGCCAUCUUCUUCUCUUUGGACAACAUCGCGUGCUGUAGCCUGUUAAAACAGCUCUGUUACGCGUGUGUCGAACGGAAACACGCGAAGAAAGCGACGGGUCGAAAAUUUUCGCGCGGCUUCUUUGCUUCUCUGUACGACGCCUCGUACAUCGUCGACAACAACGUCGACAUUCGGAAGAGUAGAGAAUGCAUGCGUUCAGCUGUGUUAUUAGGUGUCUUAGGAAAUUGCGUGGGAUCUGCGCGAAAUUUAGCAACAGUCCCGUCUGCAAACAUCGCGUGCGAGAAUUGGGUGUUGGCGUUUGAAACUGCUAUGGAACGCUCGUCGAAUUCAGAGGAUCAAUUCGACGACACCAAUUUCCUCUUCGCGGCGAGCGAAGAUUCGUCGUUACUAGGGCAAAUGUGUGUGAAUUUUCUCGAGGCGAUUUUACCGCCGGUCUGUGCAAUUGGUCGAGGCGCCGCGCCGCCGCCGAUUGCCGUCGCGGAUGCGAAAAUUCGUUCCAUGUGUCUCAACGCGCUGAUUUUGUUGUUUGAAAAUGAAAAGGCACCGUUACACUUCAAAACGAAAAGUGACUACCAGAACGCCCCAGUUUGGGUGAAAUGUUUCACUAAAGCGUGCAUGAAAGCGUGCGCCGGGGAGAUCGCGGCAUGUUUGGGGGGAUGCAAAGACUUUUCGCAAAGCCGAGCGCGGGACGUCGUGGCAACGCCGAUGACCAAGGCGCACGCGAUGGACAUUCGACAAAAAAUGCUCGAGUCGAUUUCAUGCAAUUACGCGCAUUCCUAUCGCGUAUUAGAAGAGGCGUCCAGAUCGUUUCGCAAACCACCCGAUCACGUGCACGUGUUGAAAGAAAACGGUCUCGAAGAAGAGCGUGUCCCGUACCCGUGGAUCUGCGCCAUGAGUUUCCUCACUCGAUUUUCGAAAAUUUCAAAGUUUUGCGCGAUGGAAAUCGCCUCGAAAGUGGUUCCAGUGAUCGAAGGGGCGUUUAAAUACGGCGACGCGCUCAACAAGAGACACAUGGACGGUCCUUUGCAUGAAUUACGGUACGCUAUUGAAGGCAUGAUUAAACAAAAUGACGACGAAAAAGAAGAGGAUGUUGAUGAAGAAAGGAAGCGACCAUUUCAUCAUCAAGGCGACGACGAAAACGCAGAGAACGUCGAUCCGUACAACAAGAAAAUCAAAGCGGAACCAAUCGAGAUUAUCGAAGAGAAAGUCGAACUGAAGGAUAGUGUUCCGUGGUUCGAACGCUGCGAUCGAAACGUCCUAUACUCUUCGACUCGAGCCGAUUUUGCCACCAUCGCUUCGCGUGUUGACGAUGCGCACCCUUUUACGAUAGUCGGUAAACUGUGCUCUCGCGAACCGAAAACUGGCGUGACGAGUAAAACAAAUCCCAAAACGAAUAGAACGUUCGAAAUGCUUUUCGUCACUUUGGAAAACGAGAAAGGAUUGAAAGUUCGUGCGCAAAUGGUUGGCAAAAGCGCCCGCGUGCUCGCCGACGCCUUGGACGAACUCAAGAAGAGAGAUUUCGAAAUCGUACGUAUUGACGGCGUCUUACCGCAGAAAAAAGCGGAAGUGAAACCAGGAUUAACGGCCAUGGUCUGGGACCCGAAAGGCGCGUCGAACAUUUCUGUAUCGAGCUUUGAUUGA